CAGCGCUCUGCCUUCUCAGUGGCCCGGACCAGCAGCAUGGAGGGAGGACCCAAGAUGGCCGUCACCUUUGACAAGGUGUAUGUGAAUAUCGGGAGCGAUUUCGAGCCCAAGUCGGGCAUGUUCCGCUGUCGUAUCCCUGGGGCCUACUACUUCUCUUUCACCGUGGGCAAGUUCCCGCGCAGAGACCUGUCUGUCAUGCUCAUGAAGAACCGUAACGAGGUGCAGGCCAUCGUCUACGAUGAGAACGCAGGAGAGGAACGCAAGGUGCAGAGCCAGAGUGCUAUGCUGCAGCUGGACUUCGGUGACACGGUGUGGCUCCGUCUCCACGGCGACCCUCGCUAUGCGCUCUAUAGCAACACUGGCCACUACACCACCUUCAACGGCUACCUCAUCUACCCCGACACCUACAGCUACCAGCAGCCCGCUGCCACGGAAACCCCACCGCAGCAUCACCUGCAUCACCAUGACAACGAGGCCACGGUCCACGAGGAGCACGUGGCGCUGCCAUUGGUCGAGAGGGAUAACAUGGAGAACACACUGCAUGAGCAACGGAAGGAGGAAGUGGAGGAGCAGGAGGAGGAGAAAGAGGAGGAGGAGCAGACUCGUGAGGAAGAGCAGCAGCAGGAAGAGGAGGAGGAGGAGGUGGAUGAAGAGGACCCAAGGUCGGCGUUCUCCGUGGGCCGCACCCAGAGCAUCGUCGGGGUCAACCGGGGUCAUGCCGAGCACCACCAGCCAAUCACCUUCGACUCGGAGUUCGUCAACAUCGGCGGAGACUUCAACGCGAGCGCAGGCACCUUCACCUGCCGCCUCCAGGGGGCGUACUACUUCAGCUUCAACGCCGGCAAGCUGCCGCACAAGACGCUCAGCAUCAAGCUCAUGAAGAACCACCUGGAGGUGAUGGCCAUGAUCUAUGACGACUCCGACCAGCAGAAGGCGCUGCAGAGCCAGAGCCUGAUGCUUCCUCUGUUGCCCGGCGACACGGUCUGGCUCUACAGUCACCAGCGCGACGGCUUCGGGGCCUACAGCAACCACGCCAAGUACAUCACCUUCACUGGCUUCCUGGUCUACCCAGAGCCGCUACCCAAUCAGAAGCUGGGACAACAGGGGCAGCCAGCCAACCAGAAGCAGGGGCAGCCACAGUCGUCCAAUGAGAAGAGCACACAGCCCUAAGUUUUGCUGGCAGGCACGAGGCGGACGUUCCGAAGGGAUUUAGAGAGUAAAAGUCCUCCUGCUAUAAUAUUCAUUGAUGAUUAUACAACGGUUAGAUACAGUCAAAUUAUUUAACAAUUUCUGAUUGGAUGAGACAUGCUCUACGCGCCACUAGCAGUGAGGGUAUCCCCCAACAUACUUGGAUGGCAACAUGUCAUCAUGCAUAGGCGUAUCAAUGACACGCUGAUUUGAACCCACUAUUGCGUGUGUCCAAUACGUAUUUCCAAGUUAAAGCGUGCUCCACAACGCCCUGUGACAGGUUAGGUUUAGGGAUGGUUUUGGUUUAGGCACAAUUUAGGCAGAAAUUCGCCUAAUCUCGCUGUUCUUGGCAAAAGUAAAGCAGCAGAAACAUUGCUUUACUGACAGGUUAGGUUUAGGGGUGGUUUUGGUUAGGGCACAGCAAAUCAUGUUUGCGUUUAGUAACAGAAAUGUGCUGUGACAAAACAAAAUCGCAGACACGGCGGGAAAACUGUGCAAACCUCGUCACGUGUCAAAAGUGCAUGAAAGCGCUUUACCGUUGCGCUUUAACUUCAAAAUGCGUCGCACCAACACGCUGAAUGCACUUGUGUGCGAUACAUACGCUAAAGCAUGAUGACAGCCUGUGGAUGGAUGACUCUUCGCAUCUAAUCACUCAAGUCCCACAAACAAAGUCUAUUUCCAUAGCUCCCACCAUCUGGUUAAAACCAUAAUUGGGCAAAUAAGUUAGCCGCCAUAUCUGACGGGUUGAUUUUACAGAUAUCAGAGAGCGUAUAAACAAAUGAUACUGUAUGUAUGGCAGGGCUUUUACUCUCUACUUACUCCUCCUGUUGUCCACCUCUGCUCACAAACCCCGAGGGACAGGCCCAAAGACUUUGGGGACACAUCUGUGUGGAUGCAUACAGUACAUACAUAUAUAAACAAAUAUACAAACAUGCACCAAUCUCAUCAGUUUGGUAGUUCAGUCAUUGUCUAAAUACACUCCCUCCCCGUGUAUGAUCUCUUGUGACUUUUCAGAUGCCUGAACAUGAACAGUUAACGUAAAAUGCUGCAAAAAUAAGGUGAUGAUGUCCUCCUCUGAAGUAACAAAA